GCUUCCGAGGAAAGGCGGCUUGAUGGCCAUCAAGGUGGGAAGAUUUUGCGCUAACAAAUGUAAUUAUUUUUAUGUACAAUCCCGGCUUGAAAUAAAGAAGGCAAAAAUUAUUUUGUUUUUAAUUUAUUGGUUCAUAAAGAGGGAAAUUGUCUAGGAUACAAACCUGGAAUUUCGAGUACAGAUUCGCUACUUCCAUUGUCGAACCAUGCCAAUUUGAUUUGCAUUACGCUACUACUUGUAUUUCUAGCACCAGCGGAGCUGUAAUAAUGGCUAUUCUGUGAACUUAAAUCCUAGACUAAUGACAGGAGCAAGGUACGACAUGCGCACUACCAUUAAAAAUCGUUUGGGCCAGUUGUUGCAGACCAUCUAACACUCGUGCAGGCCCCUAGAAUACGAACUUUAACCAAAAAGAUGGGCGAAUACGCACAGCGCGCAAACGGUUUGCAGCCGUUUUUUGCGCUGCUAGAUAUGGCGAUCACUAUGCAUGACUUGUGUGUCACUGUGCUGACAGUAACGUCGAUGAGAGGGCGCGUUGCUUAAUUUUGUGUAAUGUCAAGAGGUGUAUGUUUAUGCUAUUCGGCGCACUUAUUUUCAACAGAUGUUACGGACCCUAAGGAGUGAACAGCACGCAUGAAGGUUUAUUUCAAACUAAACAAAACUUCCAUGGUCCAUGGCAUGCUAAAGGAAUUUAUUGAAAGUAAUGUUCUAGACCAAACCACAACGUUUAUGUGGUGCACAUGCUUCGAAAAUCAUAGAACCUCUGUCGACGACGAUGACUAUUCGGGAGGACAAUCAACCAACACAACAAUGAAAAUGAUAGGAUAAGCUCGUGAGGCUAUCCUUGAAGGUAGCACAAAACCAUCCACAAUGUCUUUUUUUUUUUUUGUAGGAGAGCCAUACAGCACAGUUCAUGUCGUUCUUUUGAAGGUACUGAACACGAGACGCAUUUCAGUGAAAUUUCUGACAAGACUAAUCCCGCGAAGAACACGAGCUCUAUCAGCAACUCCCAAUCCAAAAAAAAAGGUAGGUGAGAGAGACGCUUAAUGAAAGCGACUCUUUGAAAGCGAGCGUUUUACACCAAGUGGUUCUUUUGCUGCUCAAAGUUAUUCACCUACCUCCACAGUGUUUGCGUACUUGUAUUGGACGUUUCAGUUACUGGAUACCAACACUUUUUUAACCCGCCGACUGCAGUUUCUGCAUGCAACAACUAUUCUCUUUUAUGUCCCGUUGUAACAGAUGUUCCUAAGUCUGUUACUUGGCCUUUCGCUCUUUUUAUUCAUAGAACCAUUUUCUCCUUAGUAUUUCAUUGAGCAAUAUAAUAUUUCCACAGACCUGUGUUAUACACUGGCCUGAUUAAGAGCUUUAACGACAUUUAAUUCUGCAAUCCCUGAUUGAAGUACGCGUGUCAAUAUCCAUGGCCACAAUUGACUUCGAAGAAAUUAUUAUGGCGCAGCUUUCAGAAGUCGGCCUUCGGGACCUCCGGUCCUCAUCUACGUCAUUAGCGCUGCCCGACAUGCCACUUCCAUUUUCUUGAGGCACCAUCACUUGCGAGCUGCGAAGAGGUCGAACACGCCCAUUCGUUUGAUUCCAACUCUGCAAUCAAGCAUUUCACAAAGUCACAAAGUGCAAGUCAUACCGAAGUUCGUGCCACGCAGCGUCUCAUUACUUCCUGCUUUGUUUGACCGAGUUUGAACUCAGACGUGCGCUACUGGGCUUGCGAAUGUGUUCCUAUCACUGCUCCAAGACGGCAUGACACACGAAGUGGCCAUUUCACUCCUUUCGCCCACGUGAUGGCCGGUUCGAUCACAUUCACAUCGACAUCGUUGGCCCGCUACCAUGAUCCCUAGGUGCUCGCUACAUGUGUAGAACGCGAUACUCGCUGGCCUGGAGAAUUAACUCUCGCAGACAUAGCGGCACUUACAGUGGCUUCCGUGUUUUUCAGUAGUUCUAUCUCGCGCUUCGGAUACCCAGGCUAGGUGAAUAUAGUCACCUAGCCUGGGGCGGCUACAUAUAUAUUUGUCGCUGCCCUAUUUCAAAGGGGAUGCCAAUAAGUCAUCAUCAUCAGCAUCAUCGAAUAGUGAAAGUUGAUGUCCCCCUCGCGGAACCGGCCAUGGAACGAGCGACGAUGAGGGGGACAUCAAGGCCCCAGUGCCAACCUCGGCUUGGCUCGGACGUUCCGCUUCGAACGCUAUCUCGUGGUGUCUUCGCAUAGAAUGUCGACACCUAAAUUAUUUUCUUGCACGAUGUCCGAACCAUAUCUUUCCCGCUGAGGCAUCUACCAGAUAAACUUUUUUUACCGCUAUCACGUUCCGCAAGUAUGCCGGAAGAGCCACUUAGUCACGUUAACUUAUCAGUGUCACGAGCGGCCCAUUCUAAACUAUCUAAGCAACCGACCUCGAGCUUUUGCUUUUCAGCUGUCAAACACAACCGGUCGACGGCUCCGUCCCCUAUCUGCCUACACUGGUGCUUCUACCGCGCCUCACGGCCACAAUCCUGCAUGUCUGUUUUCUACAGAAACGACGUGGCUAAGACGAAAUGUUCAAGUGCACUUCGCUCGUGAUGCUGUGCUCGGCACUUGUUGCCUCCCAAAUGCUCGAUUUUUUUGAAGAUUGCGUAGGAAACGUGAACCAGCGAGAAAAGGCAGGCCAGUGCGUCCUCGCGCCGCGAAGCUGGCUUCUCUCCAGCACGUACCGAAACUUCGCCCACCAAGUCCUGGAGAACGCCGCUCAUCAACCGGACGGCCACAAUCUCAACACUCUUCUUAAUGUGACGCGAGCAGGAACUCACGUGUCGCAAGGCAUCGUAGUCAGAGUCGAGUUCACCACUGUCGAGAGCAUCUGCAACAGCUCUGUCGUCUAUUCCAAGGACCAGUGCCCGCCGCAUGGCAGUGAGGCGAAUGGACUGUGCCAGGCAAGGUUCCUGUUCACUGGUAACCUGACGCUGGAAGAUGCCCGGUGUUUCCCACGAAAAUAUUGAUUGUAGUUUUCGCAAACGGAUGGAUAACAGAAUCAUGUGCACAAGACAUGAAAAUUGAUAUAGCGCAACUUAUACGUAAGCAUAUACAUAUCGAAUAAAGUGCAAAUUGAGUGUUCUU